UCACAGCUCCCUCUACCAGCACAAUCUCAGUAGCUCACAGGUUAAAAGCAGCAAUUUCCUUCACGGGGUUAGAAGCCUGUUCUUUCAGAGAAUACAACAGGUCUGGUUGCAGGGUUCAUCAGCUACAAAAACAAGCAGUUCAUUCCAGGGAGUAAGAUCAUCAAUUGCAAACACCCCCACUGGGAGAAACGGGCUAACAACAAAAAGGAUAUUUCAAGGAGCACAGUCUACCGGGUGUAGCAGCAACAAGACAUGCUGUAAGGCACAGCUACUGCCCAGGAGCACUUUAUCUCUUUGGUUGCUGUUGGAACACCCCAUCCCGCCGAGUCUUGUAAAGACGUUUCUCUGGGCCGUCCCAGGGAUGAAAAGUUUCCAGGAAACUUCUGAUAAAGGAGACAGCAGUAGCUGAAGCAGAGGGUCCCUGUGUUGAACCUGCCUUCCCACAGAGUCAGUCUUUAAGGACGGUCACGGUGAUAAAGGCUCCAUACCAGGAGAAGCAAAUAAGCAGGAGGGAAACGCAACUGAUAAGUGCCAUGGAGGACGAAGACAUUUAUGACUAUUACCAGAAUGGUUUUUACAACUGGACCUACAGUGACUACAGAAAUUAUAGCAUCAACUAUGACGAUUAUUAUUACAUAUGCGAGAAGGAUAAUGUUAGACAGUUCGCCAAGUAUUUCCUGUCAGUGUUCUACACGGUCACUCUGAUCAUUGGGCUUGCUGGAAAUUCAUUGGUGGUGGCUGUUUACACCUAUUACAAAAAGUUCAAGUCGAAAACGGACUUGUACAUCCUGAAUCUGGCCAUUGCCGACUUGCUGCUUCUCAUCACCCUCCCCUUCUGGAUAGUCUAUGCAGUCCACGGCUGGAUAUUAGGGGUGGCCAUGUGUAAGAUCUCCUCCGCUCUCUUCGUCAUGAACUUCAGUGCUGGCAUGCUGUUCCUCGCCUGCAUCAGCGUUGACCGGUACUUGGCUAGCUCCAAGGUGGCGAGCCCUCAGACCGUUGGCAGCAAGGGCAAGGUGGUCUGCGUUUGCGUCUGGGCAGCGGCCAUCUUGCUGAGCGUCCCCGAUUUCGUUUUCACCUCGGUGCACGGGGCAGGAAGCAGGAUGCUAUGCAUCUCCAUCUUCCCCUCGCACAUGGCCCGCUCGGCCAAGGCCACCAUCCAGAUCUUCGAGAUCCUCCUGGGCUUCGCCAUACCGUCGCUGGUCAUGCUGUACUGCUACUCGGUGGUGGCCAAGGCCGUGUGCAGAGCGCCAAGCGGGAAGAAGCGCGGAGCACUGCGGGUCCUCCUUGCUGUUGUGGGGGUCUUCUUCCUGACCCAGCUGCCCUACAACGUUGUCAGGUUAUGCCGCCUGCUCGAUCUGUUGCACAUGAUCAUCAGCGAAUGCCACAGCAGCAAGAGGAUGGACAUUGCCAUCCAGGUGACGGAGACCAUCGCUCUCUUCCACAGCUGCCUCAACCCCAUCGUGUACGCCUUCAUGGGGGCAUCGUUCAAGGGGUACAUCCUGAGGGCUGUCAAAGAGUACAGCUACCACCGUAGGCACCGCGACAGGUCCAUUUCUCUCGAGUGCUCCUUCAACUCCCUGUCUCAGUCUGAAAACACCAGCAGCUUCACCAUCUAGCGAGGUGACUGCACCAAAAUUCACACAACCCAGAGCUUCUACUAUGUUUCCACGGUAAUCUCAGGUGACCCAAUGGAAACCCACAACUCCACCCUCCCAAUAACCUUCGUUUGCUUAUUUUCACCACAGCCUUUUGAAGGCCAUUGGCAACAUCUUAGGAGCACAGGAAGAGGAGUUAGCCAUUCAACGAAAUCAUGGCUGAUCUACUGCCUAACUCCAUUUAUCUACCUUUGGCCCAUAUCCCUGAAAGUCUUUGCUUGGCAAAAUUCAUCUGUUUCGGAUUUCAAUUUAACAACUGAUCCAGCAACUUCCUUUUUCCCUUGUUUUCACAGAGAUCACAGAAUCCCUACAGUGUGGAAGCAGACCAUUUAGCCCAUUGAGUCCACACCGACUCCUCUGAAGAGCAUCCCAGCACCCCCCUAUCUC